AUGCAGUUGUAUAAUUUAACUUUACAAGGUCCAUCAUCGAUAAAUGUAGCCAUUCACGGCUCGUUCUCUGGUCUUCCAAAACAACAGGAAGUCUGUGUGGCACGAGGCAGCUUAUUACAGUUGCUUUUUUGCGACCCAAUGACUGGUAAAGUGCAUGUGAUGUGCAGCCAUAAUGUAUUUGGUAUAAUUAGGUCUCUUCUGGCUUUCCGGUUAACUCGUGGGACUAAAGACUACAUUGUUGUGGGGUCGGAUGCUGGCCGUAUUGUUAUAUUAGAAUAUAACUCACAAAAAGUAUGCUUUGACCGGGUUCAUCAAGAGACUUUUGGCAAAACAGGUUGUAGAAGGAUCGUUCCUGGCCAGUAUCUUGCGGUUGAUCCCAAAGGGCGGGCGAUUUUAAUUGGUGCUGUUGAGAGGCAGAAAUUGGUUUACAUAAUGAAUAGAGAUGCCGCAGCCAACUUGACAAUUAGCUCCCCGUUAGAGGCACAUAAAAGCCACUGUAUAUGUUACAGUAUCGUCGGAGUCGAUGUUGGGUUUGAAAAUCCGACCUUUGCUUGUUUGGAAGUGGAUUACGAACGAGUUUUGUGUAGAAUGCCUUUAAUUUUCAUUAAGGAAGUCGAUCAUGACGCUACAGGACAACUCGCUUCUAAAGUUGCCCAAACGUUAACAUUUUAUGAGCUGGAUCUUGGUUUAAAUCAUGUAGUCAGGAAAUAUGCAGAACCUUUAGCUGACAAAGGGAAUAUAUUAAUUUCAGUGCCAGGAGGGCAGGACGGGCCAAGUGGUGUAAUUGUUUGUUGCGAAAAUUACCUUGUUUACAAGAACCUUGGUGACCAACCUGAUAUCAAAUGUCCAAUCCCAAGAAGAAGGAACGAUUUGGAUGAUGUCGAAAGGACGACAAUGAUUGUUUGUACUGCGACGCAUAAAACAAAGCUAAUGUACUUCUUUUUGGUUCAAACAGACCAAGGAGAUGUUUUUAAAGUUACAUUAGAAAGCGAACAUGAUAUUGUAACCGAAAUGAAGAUCAAGUAUUUUGACACAAUUCCAGUCGCCAACUCAAUGUGUAUUUUAAAAACUGGAUUCCUGUUUACUGCCAGCGAAUUCGGCAACCAUCAACUUUAUCAAAUUGCUCAUCUGGGUGAUGAAGACGAUGAGCAGGAGUGUUCAUCGAGGAUGCAAUUUGAAGAGGGAGAGACUUUUUAUUUUGGAGUGAGAUCUCUCAAAAAUCUCGUUGUGGUUGAUCAGAUCGACAGUCUGUGUCCGUUGAUUGAUUGCUAUGUUGAUGAUCUUGCUAAUGAAGAUGCUCCACAGUUGUAUACUUUGGUUGGCAGAGGUUCUCGUUCUGCCGUAAAAGUUUUACGGAAUGGCUUGGAGGUUACAGAAAUGGCUGUUUCGGAACUUCCUGGAAAUCCAAAUGCGGUCUGGACUGUCAAAAGGAAUAUUGAUGAUAAAUACGAUUCUCACAUAGUUGUGUCGUUCGUCAACGCAACGCUGGUUCUUUCAAUUGGAGAAACUGUUGAAGAAGUGACGGAUUCUGGAUUCCUGGGUACUACACCAACACUAGGCUGUGCACUUAUUGGCGACGAUGCUUUAUUGCAGGUGUACCCUGAUGGCAUUCGUCAUAUCCGUGCUGAUCGUAGAGUAAAUGAGUGGAAAGCUCCAGGAAAGCGAACAAUUAUUAAGUGUGCCCUGAAUCGUAGGCAGGUAGCCAUUGCUUUAGCCGGCGGCGAAAUAGUCUACUUUGAGCUUGAUGUGACUGGUCAAUUAAAUGAGUAUACUGAGAGGCGCGAACUGCCUGCUGACGUGUUAUGCAUGAGCCUGAGUGAGAUCCCCGAAGGCGAGCUUCGCUCGAGGUUUUUAACAGUUGGUCUUGCCGAUAAAACUGUAAGAAUAAUUUCUCUGGAUCCGCAGGACUGCCUGUCUCCUCUCAGUAUGCAGGCGCUACCUUCUGAACCGGAAUCAAUAAUAGUGCUAGAAGUGUUUGGUGCUGAAGCUCAUAGCACGUCAACUGUACACUUAAACAUAGGUUUGCAGAACGGCUGCCUGUUACGCACAACAGUAGAUCAGGUAACAGGGGAACUAACAGAUAAUCGGACACGUUAUUUAGGGACAAGAAGUGUGAAGCUGUUUAGAGUCCGGGUACAGAACAAAGAUGCAAUCAUGGCGGCGUCUUCUCGCGCCUGGCUUCUCUAUGAUUAUCAGAGCCGCUUUCAUCUUACUCCCUUAUCUUACACCACUUUGGAGUAUGCAGCAGGCUUUUCUUCUGAGCAGUGUACGGAAGGCAUAGUGGCAAUUGCUGAAAAUACGUUGAGAAUUUUGUCGCUUGAAAAAUUAGGCACAGUUUUCAACCAAGUAAGUUAUCCUUUGGAAUACACUCCACGACGUCUGAUUGUUCACAAGCCGUCAGGGAACCUUAUUUUAAUUGAAACCGAUCACGCUGCACUUACGCGUGAAACUCGUCAAAAACGUCGUCGUCAACUUGCUAAUGAUCUCUUAGAAGUGGCAAGAGAAACUGAGGGAGCGGAUGUUCAAGCUGUUAAGGAAAUGGCUGAACAAGUGCUCAAGGAAGAGGCAAAUGAGCGCGAAUUUGGUCUUCCUAAGAGCCAAAAAGGUAAAUGGGCAUCGGCGGUUAGAGUGAUGCGCAGCACAAGUGGUGAUACGUUAUCACAUUAUCCGUUGCCCGACGACGAGGCAGCAUUCUCGAUUGCUAUGGUGCAGUUCCAGAAUCAACCUGACGCUCAAUUUGUUCUUGUGGGUUGCGGGAUUGAACUGCAGCUGAAGCCGAGGAAAGUUGUAAAUGCUGUGCAUGAUUUUCGUGGUAUGGCUUUAGUCGGCGUUGGAAAGAAAAUCAGACUUUACGACCUCGGGAAGCGUAAACUCUUAGCUAAGUGCGAAAAUAGGCAAAUACCAACCAUGGUUGUGGAUAUCAGAUCUAUGGGUCAGAGAAUCGUGGUUAGUGAUGUUCAAGAAUCUGUGCACUUUUUGAGGUACAAAAAACAGGACAAUCAGUUAUCAAUCUUUUGUGAUGACACUUCACCGAGGUAUGUUACAAGUGUUUGUCUUCUUGACUACGAUACUGUUGCUGUUGGGGAUCGUUUUGGUAAUAUUGCUGUUCUUCGCUUACCUGGUAAUGUCACAGAAGAAAUACAGGAAGAUCCCACCGGGGUGCGGGCACUCUGGGACAGAGGGAAUCUGAAUGGAGCUUCUCAAAAAGUGGAACAUAUUGCACAGUUUCACGUAGGGGAAGUGAUAACAUCUAUGCAGAAAACAUCUCUGGUGCCUGGCGCCAAUGACUGUUUGAUCUACACUACUAUCUGCGGGAUUAUUGGAAUACUAGUUCCAUUUAUGUCAAGAGAUGAAUUUGAUUUCUUCCAAAACCUGGAAAUGCACAUGCGUGUAGAGUAUCCUCCCCUUUGCGGACGUGACCAUCUUGCUUACCGUUCAUUUUAUUUCCCGAUAAAGUGUAUUAUUGACGGCGACCUCUGCGAACAGUACGCUCUUAUGCCUACGGACAAACAAAAGUCUGUAGCGGAAGAACUUGGAAGAAAAACAACUGAGAUUCACAAAAAGUUGGAAGAUUUACGAACUCGUUACGCGUUCUAA